GGCCCAGUGUGGCUCAAACCCCGACUGAAAAAGGAGCCUCCUACAUAGGAGUUAAUGGGGAGACAGGAGAAUCGCUGAUUCCAUUUUACAGAUGAGGAAACUGAGUCUGGAUGUUGGAAAUUUUGAGCGGAGUCAUUCGGAGCGUCAAGAAGGAUGGGGAGUGGAAGGUGCUCAUCAUGGACCACCCGAGUAUGCGCAUCUUGUCGUCCUGCUGCAAGAUGUCAGACAUCCUGGCUGAGGGCAUCACCAUUGUGGAGGACAUCAACAAACGGCGAGAACCCAUCCCCAGUCUGGAGGCCAUUUAUCUGCUGAGCCCCACGGAGAAGUCGGUGCAGGCCCUGAUCGCAGACUUCCAGGGGACCCCGACCUUCACCUACAAAGCGGCACACGUCUUCUUCACUGACACCUGCCCCGAGCCCCUGUUCUGUGAGCUGGGCCGCUCCCGGCUGGCGAAGGUGGUGAAGACGCUGAAAGAGAUCCACCUUGCCUUCCUCCCGUACGAGGCUCAGGUGUUCUCCUUGGAUGCACCGCACAGCACCUACAAUCUCUACUGCCCCUUCCGGGCCGGCGAACGGACACGGCAGCUCGAAGCUUUGGCCCAGCAGAUCGCCACCCUGUGCGCCACACUGCAAGAGUACCCGGCCAUCCGCUAUCACAAGGGCCCAGAGGACACGGCCCAGCUGGCCCACGCCGUCCUAGCCAAGCUGAACGCCUUCAAGGCAGACACUCCCAGUCUGGGCGAGGGCCCUGAGAAAAGUCGCUCACAGCUACUCAUCAUGGACCGGGCGGCCGACCCCGUGUCCCCGCUGUUGCACGAGCUCACCUUCCAGGCCAUGGCCUAUGACCUGCUGGACAUCGAGCAGGACACGUACAGGUAUGAGACCACGGGGCUCAGCGAGGCCCGGGAGAAGGCCGUGCUGCUGGACGAGGACGAUGACCUGUGGGUGGACCUGCGGCACAUGCACAUCGCAGAUGUGUCCAAGAAGGUCACGGAGCUCCUGAAGACAUUCUGUGAGAGCAAGAGGCUGACCACAGACAAGGCCAACAUCAAAGACCUGUCCCACAUCCUGAAAAAGAUGCCACAGUACCAGAAGGAGCUGAACAAGUAUUCUACGCACCUGCAUUUAGCUGAUGACUGCAUGAAGCACUUCAAGGGCUGUGUGGAGAAGCUGUGCAGUGUGGAGCAGGACUUAGCCAUGGGCUCUGACGCAGAGGGUGAGAAGAUCAAGGACGCCAUGAAGCUGAUCGUGCCGGUGCUUCUGGACGUGGAGGUGCCAGCCUACGACAAGAUCCGGGUUCUAUUGCUCUACAUUCUUCUACGGAAUGGUGUGAGCGAGGAGAACCUGGCCAAGCUGAUCCAGCACGCCAACGUGCAGGCGCACAGCAGCCUCAUCCAGAACCUGGAGCAGCUGGGUGGCACUGUCACCAACCCCGGGGGCUCUGGGACCGCAAGCCGGCUGGAGCGGAGGGAGCGCUCGGAGCCCACCUAUCAGCUGUCCCGCUGGACCCCGAUCAUCAAGGAUGUGAUGGAGGAUGCUGUGGAGGACCGGCUGGACCGGAAGCUGUGGCCCUUCGUGUCUGACCCUGCGCCCACGCCCAGCUCCCAGGCUGCCGUCAGCGCCCGCUUCGGCCACUGGCACAAGAACAAGACGGGCGUGGAGGCACGGGCAGGGCCCCGGCUUAUCGUCUACAUCAUGGGCGGUGUGGCGAUGUCAGAGAUGCGGGCCGCCUAUGAGGUGACCAGGGCCACUGAUGGCAAGUGGGAGGUACUUAUUGGCUCCUCACACAUCCUCACCCCGACCCGCUUCCUGGAUGACCUCAAGACGCUGGACCAGAAGCUGGAGGACAUUUCCCUGCCCUGACCCUUCCGCCCCCGCCUGACCUGCCCCGCUCCCGUUUCAGAGAAAUAAACUCCCAUCUUUCUGCCAGCUGGC